AUGACCUCCGCGGUGAGGCUCGGGGCCCGCCGACUCGCGCUGCGCAGCGGCGCGCUCGCUGCCCCGCCGAGCGCCGCCGCGGGAGCGGCCGUGGCCGCGCCGGCGGCGCCGCGCCGUGCCGCGCCGCCGCGCCGCGCGGAGGGCCCCCGCGGCCCCUCGGGCCGCCUCGGUGCGCUCGGCGGUGCGCUGGCGGCCGCGGCCGGCCUCGCGAGCCAGCGCGACGGGGCCCUCUGCGACAGCGACGGCGGCGCCCCGGCGCCCAGCCGCCGCGGCUUCCGGGGCGCCGCCGCGUCGAGGCCAGCGCAGUGCGAGGCGCGGGCCGUGCUGCGCCAGGGGAAGGACGCCAGCACGAGCAUCAUCACCAUCGACGUGGAGAGGGACCGCCCGGGCUUGCUCAGCGAGGCGUCGGAGUUGCUGAAGCACCACGAGCUGGACAUCCGUGACGCGAAGAUCUCCACCCACGAGGACCAGAAGGCGAGGCACGUCUACGUUGUACAGGACAAGCAGACCGGCACGGGCCUCAGCGCGCUCAGGCUGGAGGAGCUGCGCCUGGCGCUGGAGGGCCUCGGCGAGGUGGACUGCAGCGCCAAGGCCUGGCCCGUCUACACCCAGGCGGAGGUGGCCGAGCACACGACGCUGGAGUCUGGCAUCUGGGUCAGUUACAAGGACGGCGUCUACGACAUCACGGAGUUCAUCCAGAACCACCCGGGCGGGAAGGACAAGAUCUUAUUGGCUGCCGGCAAGGCAAUCGACCCGUUUUGGCGGAUCUACCAGCAGCACGAGAACCGCGGCACCGCCAUGAAGCAGCUGGAGGCUAUGCGGAUCGGGGACCUGGCCGACCCCGUGCCCGUGGACCCUGGCGAGGACCCGUACGGCGCCGACCCCAGGGACCGCCACCCAGGGCUCAUCUUCCACAACAACAAGCCCUGCAACGCGGAGCUGCCCAUGGAGUUGGUGAUGGACGCGUGGGUGACGCCAAACCCGGUGUGGUUCAUCCGGCAUCAUCACCCCGUCCCCGUCAUCGACCCCUCGCAGUUCAAGCUCCUUGUCGACGGCCACGGGGCGAAGAGCGUGUCGCUGACCCUGGAGGACCUGAAGACACGGUUUCUCCGGCGAGAGGUGGUCUCCACCAUUCAGUGCGGCGGCAACCGCCGGAGCGAGCUGGACAGGGUGGAGAAGACGAGCGGCAUCCCGUGGGGCUGCGGCGCCAUCUCCACCGCGCGCUGGGGCGGAGUGUACCUCCGCGAGGUGCUCACGCACUGCGCGGGCCUCAGUCUCGAGGGCGUCGAGUGCCACGGCAUCAGGCACGUGGUCUUCGAGGGGGUCGACGGCAUGCAGGCCAGCAUCCCCAUCGAGAAGGCGCUGAGCCCUUUCGGCGACGUCCUGCUGGCGUACGAGAUGAACGGCGAGGAGCUGCCUGGCGAGCACGGCGCGCCUUUGCGGGUCGUGGUGCCGGGCGUGGUCGGCGUCCGGAACGUGAAGUGGGUUGGCCGCAUCCGCCUAUCGCAGGAGGAGGCCGAGGGAACUUGGCAGCGCGGCAUGGCCUACAAGGGCUUCGCGCCGAACGUCAAGUGCGCCAAGUCCGUGGACGUGGAGAAGCUCCACUCCAUGCAGGAGAUGCCGGUGCAGUCCACGAUCGUCUCCCCGAAGAGCGGCGCCGUGAUCGAGCUGGACGACGUCGAGGUGAAGGGCUGGGCCUGGAGCGGCGGCGGGCGCUGCGUCAUCCGCGUCGACGUUUCCCUGGACGACGGCAAGACGUGGGCAACUGCAGAUCUCGCCGAGGGCAAGGACCAGCACCCCACGCGGGCCUGGGCGUGGACCUUCUGGGAGGCGUCCGUCCCUGUGCCGGCGCCCCUCCGCGGCAAGCGGUUCGAGGUGCUCUGCAGGGCCACGGACUCGGCCUACAGCACCCAGCCGGAGCGCGCGGAGCCCCUGUGGAACCUCCGCGGGCUGAACUGCAACUGCUGGCACCGCGUCCCCGUGGAGCACGUGGACGAGUGA